CAUUCGCCUGUUCCGGAGCGUGCGAGAGCGCAAGAACAGAGGGAGGAAGAUAAAUCCCCGGGAGCUCAGGGGUCCUCUCUCUGCGUCCGUUUCUUCUUCUUCUUCUUCUCCUUCUUCUUCUUCUUCUUCUUCUUCUUCUUCUUCUUCUUCUUCUUCUUCUUCUCCCCCAGCGCUCCAUCGACCAGAACACGAAGGCGGCUCUCCACUUGCAGCAGCAGAGUGAAAGAGAAGGAUGCUUUGAAUGCUGCCUCUUCUUCGCCAAAAAGGGACAAGAAAGAGGAAGCAGGGGGCACGACACACACUGGGGACUAAAACGGGCUUUCUGGAAUGAAUUGGAGUCCUUCUGCCGCAUGGAAUAGCAGCAUCCCACCGAAGUCUCUGAGCGAGGGGCCGGCCCCGAGGAUGUGAAACUGUUGGGAGAGUUUGGACUGUGACACAUCUUCAGGCUCCGAGUUUGACCACCUUCUUCUGCUCCCCUAAACGACACCGUUUCCAGUCAGGCCCCCGAGACAGAGUCUGGACUUGGCAGCACAGACGCCCCACCACAAAAGGACGGGAAUCCAGAGGAGGAGGAGGAGGAGGGGCCUGUGUUUGCUGGGGACAGGCAGAGACACUGUUUGUCUGGACUCGGACUGACAUGUUUGUGUGAGGCUUGAGAGGAAGACCAACAGGAAAUGGUGACGUGUCAUGGAGAAAAUCACUGCUAGGUAGCCCAUCCAGCAUGCAGCGUUGCCUUCGCAGCUGUGCAUCCCCCUGUGGAGCCAUGAACCAGUUCUAACUGUGGGUAAUGCCGAGCCAAACAACCAGUCCCGGACAUGCCGAAGAGAAGAGACAUUCUUGCCAUCGUGUUGAUUGUAUUACCCUGGACUCUGCUCAUCACUGUUUGGCACCAAAGCGCUCUCGCUCCACUUCUCGCUAUCCGCAAGGCCUGUCACCACCUAGUAAAAGAGAUCUUUAUCAUUCCAGAGAGGUCCGCAGUCCACCACCACCGACUCUCAGAUGACGGUGCCGAGGGCAAGAGGGAGGCGGGAGGUCAGGACUCCAAAGAAUACUGUGCCUCGGAUAAGGACAUUGUGGAAGUGGUGAGGACGGAGUACGUGUACACUCGGCCUCCRCCCUGGUCCGACGUGCUGCCCACCAUCCACAUCAUCACUCCCACGUACAGCCGACCCGUGCAGAAGGCGGAGCUGACGAGGCUCGCCAACACUUUCCUUCAUGUCCCCAACCUGCACUGGAUCCUGGUGGAGGACUCCCAGAGGAGAACGCCUCUCGUUACCCGACUCCUCCGAGAGACGGGGCUGAACUACACCCACCUCAACGUGGAGACGCCCAGGAACUACAAGCUGCGAGGUGACACUCGCGACCCCAGAAUCCCCAGAGGGACCAUGCAGAGAAAUCUGGCCCUGCGGUGGCUGAGGGAGACUUUCAACCCCAACAGCAGCCAAGCCGGAAUCGUCUACUUCGCUGAUGAYGACAACACGUACAGCCUGGAGCUGUUUGAGGAGAUGAGGUCGACCCGGAAAGUUUCGGUGUGGCCCGUGGCCUUUGUGGGCGGCCUGAGAUACGAGUCCCCCAAGGUGAACGCAGCCGGGAAGGUCUACGGCUGGAAGACGGUGUUCGACCCCCACCGGCCCUUCGCCAUCGACAUGGCCGGCUUCGCCAUCAACCUGAGGCUCAUCCUCUUCAAGCCGCAGGCGUAUUUUAAGCUCCGCGGGGUGAAGGGAGGCUACCAGGAGAGUAGUUUGCUCCGGGAGCUUGUAACACUCAAUGACCUGGAGCCAAAAGCAGCCAACUGCACCAAGAUCCUUGUGUGGCACACACGAACAGAGAAACCUGUCCUCGUAAAUGAAGGGAAGAAAGGAUUCACAGACCCCAAUGUGGAGAUUUGACCAUUUGUUCCCCCMCUUCAAACUAUGGUGGUUGGCCUUGGAUCUGCGACGGGAGAAAAUAGUCAAGUUUCCCAAGAAGUGCAAUCAAGUCUUAAUUAUAGGAAUUAAAAAAACAACAACAAACAAAAGGGUUGAAAGUGGGAUUUAAUCCUCGUCAUUUUUUCUAAUACGGACCAAAAAAAGGACAUAAGUAUAUUAAAGCACAGACACGUUGGAGGCAGUAGUCGUUUGCUGAAGGGCAAAGUGGACGAUGUAAAGGAUGCCCCACAGGGUUUAACUGGACAGCUGUGGCCUGUGCCUCCCACUGAACGCGGAACUGGAGACCCGAGAAAAGAGACAGCACACUACGAACAAGCAACCAGCCAGCAGAUCCAAGCAAACGAGUUUCUUUCACUUCAAAAUUUUAAGAAAAAAGGGUCUAAAACAAGAUCUGCGCAUGAAGAUUUCCACUUAAAGACGUGGUCGUCAGCACUGGAUACAAACAAGGACAAAGACGUCUCAUSAUGAUGGUUUUAUUGUUUUUCUUCGAGCAAAAGCAAACAGGGCAAAAGGAGGGAAUGUUCUUUUGAUAACCAUGAAACGUUUGCUGUAAUUUAACCUGUUUUAUGAACACUUGUACUACUAGUUUAAUAGUACUGACUCCUACCUUCAUUUACUGUUGGGUUAUCAUUGUCCAUUUUACGAUGUCAUUCAAACUCGUCCAUUUACAGCAAGUCAUCCAGAGAGAAACUCCCCCUUGUGCUGGGAAAUUGAGCUGAAACAUACAUAAAAAAACGUACAUUUUAGCAUUUAAAAACCACAUGGCUUACUUUGUGGAGACUUGAACAAAACAAUGGAAAAAGAACAAUCAGGGAUUUGAAGGCAGUUUUUUGACAAUUGCACUGAAAAACUGUAUUUAUGUGUGAAAGUAAAACAAAGAGCCUUUUAUUUUCCUCUAUUGAACCCCUAGGAUUGAAACACAGCAAAGCACAGGCCCAGGUGAGGUUCAAACACACAAAAAUAAUAAUAAAACAAAACAGAAAGUUUGGAUUGUGAAAUAUUUAUCACAAAAAACAACAGCUUAAAAGAAGAGGCGAAGCUUUUGUUGCAGAUAGCUUUUUGAAUGUUUAGAUUGACGAGUGUAUGGCUAGUCAGAGAAUGACCAAGUACAAUGUUGGAUUUCUGGUGUCCUGUAAUGGGAAGUGCUACAGCUAGCUGCUCCUGCUGUUAUCUGUACUUGCUGAUAACUACAGAAUCAUAUCAUAAUAACUGCAUAAUGCAACAUUCAUAGUGAUUUAAAUGUUUAUAAAAUAKCAUUUGCAUGAACUGCAUUUUUUUAGACUUGAGUUGUUUUCAGACACAUUGGUUGGUGCUGCAUUCCUAUUAUCUGUUAGCUUAUCAAUCCAGUCAAAAUUAAACAGUAUUUCUUCAAUAGGAGGUCAUUCAAAGAGCUAUCUACAACAGGUAGGAUACUUACUGUUCAUAACCUUUUGAAGCCCACUUCAAAAGAUUAAACUGUUGAUUUAAUAUCAGAUUCACAAAUGCUGGUGUGAUUCCACAUGUUGGAUUUAAUGUAGCUUCUGUAAAAAAAAAUCAGUUUCAAUGAGUUCUUUUCCUUUUCUAUAAACAUUUAAACAGCAUAAAUUAUGAGAAAUGUUGAAAAGAAAAGAGUCUGAGGGAUGAAAAAGCCUUGGAGAAAAAACAUGAAAAAUGUCCUGAAUACAAAUAUAAAUAUUUUUUUAAUUUAAACUUAAGCUUCCAAUCGUUGAAUUUGAUAAUACRUUUGACUCUAAAGUGACUACAGGCAAAGAAAAGAAAAGCACAAUAAAWAAUGCAAAGGUAGCAAAUGCAAAGCCAGUGAGAUCAGUAUUAAUGAUGAGAUGUGAUAUGGUUUUUGUGUCYACGUUCACAGAAUACCUAAUGAUCAGAAGUCACUUCAUAAAGUUAUUCUGCAUCUCAUAGUAUAAAAAUGAAAUAUCUGCUUUAAGACUGUAUCAAAAGCUCUCCUGCAUUAGCAGCUAGAGGUCAUUUAAACGUUAAGUCUUGGUACAAUAUCUGUACCCCUACUGCAAGACAAACACAAGCUGAUAUUAGCUGCUGCAAAAUGGGGGGAAACAAAAACAUCCCAGAUCCACUCAGAUUUAUCAGCCAGAGAAAACCUAUGUUCUUACAAUCUUUUACUUAGGUCUUAUCAGAUACUUUGCUCUAACCRCACCAGCUGCUUCCACUGACCGCAUGGCCACGGAGAUCACCAGCUACCCUUCCCAUUAUUUAUUUACUCAGCAUCGAGAGUAAUAGGAUUAUUUAUGUAUUUAUUUGGAGUUUUGGAAUGUGCAAUUUGAUCACAGCAGCUGUUGUUUCUCAGCCGCUGUCUAAAACAACGUGCUCGUAAGCCGAAUCCUGCACAUGGAUGGCCGUGUUGACGAUGGGUUACCGGCAGGCACAGCACAACUGCUGGUAGCAAACGKUCUACCUGAGUGGCUYUUCAUCUUGAUGAAAGAAUCCACCUGAAGGGUUUUAACACUGAAACUAACCAAGAAUUACAGCUAUACAGUCUAAAUAUGCCAUUAUGUAUAAAUAAAUCUUUUGUUCUCUCUCUCUUUUGAACAGCAUUACAUUUUUUUUAACUUGGUGAAUUCUUUAGGAGUAAAGCUAAAUUAUUGUGCUCAACUUGUAAAUGUCACCUACGUCAAACAAAUGUCAGCAUGUGGGUGGACUGGCUGACCAGGAUUCUGGGAUUUGUCCUUUAGCAGAGGAGCUAUUCAUAGGACUUCACCUUGAACGUGACGUUGUACCAACUUUAUCCUACGUGCAAUAUGAAACACUGUCCAACAGAUGGCGCGUAAAGCAAUAUCUUCUAAAUUAAAUGGAAACAACCUUCCUAUGGCAGAGAUCGACCUCAGCGUAAUGAGCCUCACCCUCUGUCUGGGGAGGGUGUGUGUGUGUGUGUGUGUGUGUGUGUGUGUGUGUGUGGUGGGGGGGAGCUUCUAUAAGGCACAACACACUUUACACAUAAAUUCUCUCUUUUCCUCAUCUCCACCGUCAUCCUCCACCCUCAUGUGAUUCACUUUCGAUGCAUGUAACUCUUAAGGUUGUUUAUUUGCCACAGCAAUUCUGUCUCAGAGAAAGAUGUUAGUUGAAUCAAAGAGAAAUAAAUAACUGAAAAGAG